GAGUGAGGGUGCGUCACUGCAAAGUCCAUUAUGACACAAGCGGACAACCGUGAGCAUCUCUAGGCUGUACCGCGCGUCACAGGGGGCACAACCGCACAAGAUAGCACGCGACCGCAACCGGCAACACGCACUAGCGCGGGGACCUGAGCGGGCUUGGCCGCACUGGUGCAUGUGGGUGAAGGUCAGAGAGCCCGCUGGGGAUGUAGCAGUGGCAGGCGUCGCACCCACGGCAACAGCAGCAGCCGCGACGGACGCGGACGCAGCAGUGGAUGCGUCGGGUGCUGGUGCCGUCGAGUCCUGCGGCUCCCGCGGCUUCCGCGGGCCGCUGGUGUCCGCAGGUGUCGCUCCAAGCUCGCAUGGCAGUAGAUGCAUCAGUGUGGCGGCGCCGGCAGCACCAGUGGUGGCAGCAGUGGCAUACUCAGCGGCGGCGGCGUGCGUCAGUAGCCUCAGGCCACGCCGCCUCGCCGCCGGCUGCAGCAGCGUCCCCAGGGCCACGCGCUGCCGCGGUCUCAUGCCGCUGGAGGUGCAGCCCCAACAACAGCUGUCACAGCCACAUCAACAGCAGUGGGGUCAGCGGCAGGGGACGGGCGUGCAUCCGUUGGACGUAGGAGCCCUGCCGGCGCCGGCGGACCAGGCCGCAGCCGGGCCCCGCAGCCGCGUAUCUGCCGUUGCUGCGCCCGCACCGGUAGCGGUAUGUAGUGGCGGCAGCCAGAGCGGCUGCGGUGCCGGCAGCGACGGCGGCGCUGCGGGGCCGCGGCUGAUGUGCGCCGCGCUGCCCCGCCUGUCGCGGCGACAUGGGCGGCUUCACGAGCCUAGACAGCUGGGAGCCUGGGACACAUGAAGAUGAGGGCUGUGGUUACGUACGGAGUUUGAAGAAUACGCCACAAGUCAAAGGCAUGGCGCAGUGGCACAUUGAUUUACGUGCAUUCACACCUACCAUACUGCUAGACUUGGUUAACUUGUAUACGGGUUGCUUUGUGGAUAUGUCAUGGGCUGAAAUGCCAGGGUGCUCCUUACCGUAGUGGUGGUGUUCAGUGACAGCGAUGGCGCAGUGCGUAGCGCGCUGUGGGCGGACGAACGAAUGCGGCCGCCGGCGCCCGCUGGCGGCAGCAUCACCAUCCACGUCAGUAACCGCUGGGUCACAGGGGCACCCAGCGGCCGGCGCCUCUGCGGAGGGAAAGUGCGUCGCCCGGUCGCUCAGCCGCAUUUGCGUGCUCACGUGCUGGCGUCAAGGGUGCUUAACAAAAGAAUGCGCAGGUUGGCGCAAGACCGACAUGCAGUGGGCGGGACCUGCAGGGGACGCCGCCAGGUGUGAGCUUGGCUGUUCGGGCAGUAAAGGUGGGUGACGGGGGCCGUACGUUGCAUAGUGCGUUUAACGCUUUGCGCGUUACGGUACAUGGCCGGUGCCCGGCUACCUAUCGGUGUGCUGCUGUCCCCGCAUUUCUUCAUGUUGACCAGCGGCGCGGCCUCGUGCCGUUUUGCCGCAAGAAUGGCGGGAUGCAGCACUGUGGUGUUGUCGUGGUGGUGGGGAGGGGGGAAGACGGAGGGGCACAGCCAGCAGGUACAGUGUGACAGUAGCUGCUGCUGCCUCAGUACGGAAGUGUACGUGCAAUGUACUCAAAGAGCGGUACCCUGUCGCCUGGGGUCGCACUGAAUGACCGCAAGGCCAUGUGCAGGGCACGCGCCGCAGGGCACGCGCCGCAGCGAAAUCGCCGCUUUGCAUCUUAGUUGACUCAACACGAUUCAACAAUGCGCUUGGGCAGUACGGGCACUCUGCUUUAGCCUGAUGAAACGCACCCAAAAUUAAGAU